AUGCAGCAAGUUCCUACCGUUGAGGAGUACUCAGACGAAGAGAACGAUCAGUCCGCAUCGUCUGCCGCUUCUUCGGCUUCGUCCGAGGGAGAUUCGGAUCACGAAGGCACACAGUCCUCUCAUACAGGAAGCUCGCAAUUCGUGAAAGACACUCCAACCACCUCACCAGCCUCGACGCGCAUUUUCGUGCAUGGUCACGGCGGUCGUGAAGAUGAAGAGUCUGAAGGGUCUGAGGAAGCUAGUGAAGACGAAAGUGACGAGGCACAUGUACCGGCGUCCGAUAUAACCAGGACCACGGCUGUGGGCUACGAACUACUCGCGAAUAAGCUAAGCGAGACGCCCAAGAAGACCAGUAAAUUUCUCCGCAAGGGCGGAAACGUCGUACCGAUAUACCGCAAAUUCGAACACUUGAACCACCGCGUACUGCUUCACCUGCAAGACGAAGUCUGUGAAAUGGAAGAGGAACUUCGAUACUUGGACGAGAGCAUCAACCAGAUAUCUCCAAGGAACGAGACUGGACAUGCCUUCCCAGCAUCACGGCGAGGAGACGCUCGGUACGGGAGCGACUUGCAUUACAAGCGGACAGAGCUACUUGGCCGCAUCUUCCAAAAGCUGGGGCAAUACAACCAAGCUUUGACGACGUUCAAUGGUCUUUCCAAGGACCUCGACCCCGCGAGCGUCGAAGAUAUUCAAGCGUACCGCGCAUGGAUAGAGAAGCGGACGCCCGUUGACAAUGCGGAGACUAGGUUUCUUGACCGCAAGAAUGAUCUUCUGGCAAUCUCACGCCGACCAUCUGUCGGACCCAUGCAUGGCGGUCAGCAGCAGCCUCCUAUAGUCUGGCUGCCCCUGGUCCUCGUGCUCCCCAUCUUGGCUUUUGCAAUAGUUCCGAGCUUACUUGGUCGACUUGUUGUUAUCACUCUUAUCGGCGCCGCGGGGCUCCGACAGGUCACGUCGACACCUGAGUUGAUGAGCUAUAUGACCAUUCAGGAAUGGUCCAUUGCGGCCGCUGUGUAA